GACAUGGAUUAUAGCUAUGAUGAAGACCUUGAUGAACUGUGCCCUGUGUGUGGGGACAAGGUAUCGGGGUAUCACUAUGGUCUCCUCACCUGCGAGAGCUGCAAGGGUUUCUUUAAACGGACAGUUCAGAAUAACAAGCGUUACACUUGCACAGAAAACCAGAGCUGUAAAAUCGACAAAACGCAGAGGAAAAGAUGCCCGUACUGUCGUUUUCAGAAGUGUCUGACCGUAGGGAUGAGGCUUGAAGCUGUGCGUGCUGACCGUAUGCGAGGAGGACGUAACAAGUUUGGGCCCAUGUACAAACGGGAUAGAGCCUUGAAGCAACAGAAAAAAGCUCUAAUUCGUGCUAAUGGCAUCAAACUAGAAACUAUCCCACAGAUAGUGUCUCCAGCACAAAAUGACUACACAUUAUCAACUAACAUCCAUUCCAUUCACCCAGGAACCAAAAAUCUGCCUCCUACCCCUGCUACUAUAAACCCAGCAGAGUAUGAUCGAGGGCCUUAUGGGCCCCCGUCAUUGGGAAUGACUAUGCCAAAUCAUACUCCAAUUUCUGGCUACCACUACCCCUCGUUUCCAAAUCGUACUAUCAAAUCAGAGUACCCGGACCACUACACAAAUAUGCACGACCCAGCUGCAGUGGGAGGUUAUAUGUAUCCUGAAACCUACACCAGCAACACCCCACCGGACAUCCCAGAGGUGAUUCUUAAACUCUUGCAGCUGGAGCCGGAUGAGCCUCAAGUAAAGGCACGAAUAGUUUCUUGUCUACAGCAGGAACAAAGUAAAAACCGCCAUGAGAAGUUCAGCACGUUUGGCCUGAUGUGUAAGAUGGCUGACCAGACGCUCUUUUCUAUAGUAGAGUGGGCACGAAGCUGUAUAUAUUUUAAGGAACUGGAGGUCAGCGACCAGAUGAUCUUGCUGCAGAAUUGCUGGAGUGAGCUCUUGGUGUUUGACCACAUCUAUCGACAAAUGCAACAUAACAAGGAGAACAGCAUUCUUCUAGUCACCGGUCAAGAGAUUGAGAUGUCAACAAUUUCAGUUCAGGCCGGCUCUGCGCUGAAUAAUCUGGUGUUGCGAGCCCAGGAACUUGUCAUCCUCCUACACUCUCUACAGGUCGACCGGCAGGAGUUUGUGUGUCUUAAAUUCCUUAUACUUUUUAGUCUUGAUGAAAAGUUCCUGGAAAAUCACAGCCUAGCAAAAAGUGCUCAAGAAAAGGUCAACUCUGCUCUCUUGGAAUACACAAUGUGCCACUAUCCCCACUGUACAGACAAAUUCCGCCUCCUACUGCUGAGAUUAUCUGAAAUCCGGUCAAUCAGCAUGCAAGCUGAGGAAUAUCUUUACAACAAGCACCUUAGUGGGGAGGUGCCCUGUAACAACUUACUCAUUGAAAUGCUGCACGCCAAGCGGGGUUGAACGGCCAUCCUAAGACUUGACUCUAUCAUAGCCGAUGAGACUUCUCUCUAUGGAUAUAUCCAACAGAAACUUUGUGAAGGGCAAAAUUGUUUUUAUUAA